AUGUCAUCUCUUCUCUCGUGUUGCUUUCCAAGAAAGAGGCGAGAGCGGCGGUUAUGGCGACAGAUCGAAGAAGAAGCCGACAAGUUGGAUCAGCUCCCAUCAUGGGACGCUCCCGACAAUGUGUUGAUGCUGCAGGCCUUUGAGUGGCAUGUACCCGCCGACCAGGGCCAUUGGCGUCGUCUGCAACGCGCCCUACCUGGGUUCAAAGACAUCGGCAUCGACAACAUCUGGAUUCCUCCCGGAAGUAAAGCCAUGAGCCCGUGCGGCAAUGGCUAUGAUGUCUACGACCUGUAUGACCUGGGAGAAUUCGACCAGAAAGGAUCGCGGGCUACCAAAUGGGGCACCAAAGAGGAGCUGCAGUCUCUUGUAGCCCACGCGCAAGAUCUUGGGAUGGGGAUCUACUGGGAUGCGGUCCUCAACCACAAAGCCGGGGCUGAUUUCACAGAACGCUUCCCGGCUGUCAGGGUUGACCCCCAGGACCGUAACGUGGAGAUAUCUUCUCCAGAAGAAGUAGAGGGCUGGGUGGGGUUCAACUUCCCCGGACGUGGUGACCGGUACAGCUCGAUGAAGUAUCACUCGCACCACUUCAACGGUAUUGAUUGGGACCAAGUGCGUCAAAGGAAGGGCAUCUACAAAACCCAAGGACACGAUUGGGCCAGGGAUGUGUCCUCCGAGAACGGGAAUUACGACUACCUCAUGUUCGCGAAUCUCGACUGGUCUAGCGAAGAGGUACGCAACGACGUGCUGAACUGGGGACUGUGGAUCAACGCCCAAUUGCCUCUCCGUGGGAUGAGGCUCGAUGCCGUCAAGCACUACUCGGCUGGUUUCCAGAAGGAGUUCAUCGAUCAUGUUCGCGCGACGAUGGGGCCAGACUAUUUCAUAGUGGGCGAAUAUUGGAAGGGUGAGACCAAGCCUCUGCUCGAAUAUCUAGAGCAGAUGGAGUACAAGCUGUCCCUGUUCGACGCCCCCCUGGUUGGAUGCUUCUCCAGCAUCUCGCAGACACGACGCGCGGACCUCCGAACCAUCUUCCACGACACCUUGGUCCAAAAGAAACCAGAGCAUGCCGUCACAUUCGUCACCAACCACGACACCGUAAGCCCAAUAACCCCCUUCUUCAAACCCCUCGCCUACGCUCUGAUCCUCCUCCGCGAACACGGCCAACCAUGUAUCUUCUACGGCGACCUCUACGGCCUCACCUCCGACGUCAAACACCCCAUGACGCCCUCCUGCGGCGGCACACUUCCCCGUCUCACACGCGCCCGCAAGCUAUACGCCUACGGCCUGCAACAAGACUACUUUGACAAGCCGAACUGCAUAGGCUUCACCCGCCACGGUAAUCGCACCCACCCCUCCGGCCUCGCCUGCAUAAUGAGCAACGCCGGCCCCGCCAAAAAGCGGAUGUACGUUGGUCGACGCCACGCGCAUGAACACUGGACGGAUAUUCUGGGGUGGUGCACUGCUCCCCGGACGGUGGUUAUUGAUAAAUAUGGCUAUGGGGAUUUUGUGGUGCGGGCGAUGAGUGUGAGUGUUUGGGUUGAUGGGGGGGCGGAGGGGAGGGAGGGGAUGGACAUGGGGAUGGGGGAGUUGUAA